AAUUGAUGGCCACCACAGGAGCUGAACCUCCCCCUUCCUCCACUGAAACGCCUCCUCCUCCCCCCAAACAACCGCUACCGCCACCCCCUCCGCCCCCGACGGCGCCUAAGCCUGAGGCCCCGCCGUCCGAUUCCAAAGCCUUGGCUGACGCUAACGUAAUCGUUGUCCCCGGCUACUCGAGAUGGUUCUCGUGGGAUUCUAUUCACCAAUGCGAGGUGCGUCACCUCCCCGAAUUCUUCGAUUCCUCCUCGAAGAACCCUAGGGUUUACAAGUACUACCGGAAUUCAAUCGUGAAGUACUUCAGGUACAAUCCCACUAGAAAAAUCACUUUCACCGAUGUCCGCAAAACGCUCGUCGGAGACGUCGGUUCCAUCCGCAGAGUCUUCGAUUUCCUGGAAGCCUGGGGUUUGAUCAAUUACCACCCGUCUUCUUCGUUGACCAAACCCUUGAAGUGGGACGACAAAGAGACCAAACCCGAUUCUGCAUCCAACUCCUCCGAAUCUUCUGCUCCUAUCAAAGAAACCUCCAAGAGAAUCUGCAGUGGCUGCAAAGCCGUCUGCACCAUUGCAUGCUUUGCCUGUGACAAGUAUGAUUUGACUCUGUGUGCGAGGUGUUAUGUUCGCGGCAAUUACAGAGUUGGUGUGAGUUCUUCGGACUUUAGGCGAGUGGAGAUUAGUGAGGAGACGAAGACAGAUUGGACAGAAAAGGAAACCAUGAAUCUUGUUGAAGCCAUUACGCAUUUUGGUGAUGACUGGAAGAGGGUUUCUCAGCAUGUUCCUGGCAGGACUGAGAAGGAGUGUGUUGCUCAUUUUUUGAAGCUUCCUUUUGGGGACCAAUUUCUGCAUUAUCAGCACUCCGGAGUCAAUGCCGGUGACGAGGGCUGUAAUCAGCUAAAGCAGCAUGCUGAUGCUGAAUCUGAAUUGGAUGCUGUUGGUUCUGCUGAAGCUAGUAAGAGAAUGCGCCUCACUCCGCUUGCGGAUGCAAGCAAUCCUAUUAUGGCUCAGGCUGCUUUCCUGUCUGCUUUGGCAGGAUCGGAUGUCGCACAAUCUGCUGCUCAAGCUGCAUUGACAACUCUGUCUGAGGUUUACAAAGCAACUAGAAUAAAUUAUCGGUCAUUUCCAAGGAAUACAUUGCUGCAAGAUGUUGGCGUUGCAUCUAACGGUGGCAAUACUUCAGAUUCAUUUCAAGGAUCUCGAUUCCAUGCAAAUAUACAGCUUGAGAAGGAAGAGUUAGAUGUGGAAAAAGCAAUUUCUGAGAUUAUAGAAGUUCAGAUAAAAAAAAUCCAAGACAAGCUUCUUCAUUUUGAAGAUUUAGACCUGCUGACCGAAAAAGAAUAUCAGCAGCUGGAGCAAAUGAAGAAUAUGUUUUUCCUUGACCAGCUCACUCUUUUAUUUAACAAAUCAUCUGCAACAAAAACUGGAGAAUGCCCUGAAGGCAAUAGUGUAAAGACGAACUGAUGACUGACAAGUCUUAACUCUUAAGAAGCUAUUUAUCUCAGGCUUACGGAAAGUAUUCAUAUAUCCUGUACUUCACUUGCUUUGGCUGCGAGUCACUGGAUUGUUUGUUCAAUAUCCAUAUGACUGUAUCUUGAUGUAGAGUGUCUUUUUUAAUUUAUUCAAUUGCACAUGCAUUUCUAU